ACAACAAGAACGGCGGCCACAGCGACAAGUGCCGGCAAUAAUUGAAAUAAUUUUGUCAAAAGGAUUUUGCACCACGCAGGCGCAAAAAUAUGUUCAUAACAAGACAACCGUUAUAAAAACCGCAAACCAACGAGGACAGGCCACAGUUCGAAAUAAACUCGUAAAGUGAAAACAUCUUAAAUAAAAUAACCAACAAAAAUGUUUGCUGCUAAAAUGGAGAAAAUAUCCGCUGAAAAAGAAAAUCUACAUUGCUGUUUAGUUAAGUUUAAAUUUGCUGUGUGCAAAAUCUUUAAGCAAAUAUUAAACAAGGAUAGUAAACUAGCUGAAAACAACAACAAUAACAUCUUAGCAAAUGAUUUUCCUGAUAAUGAAAACAAGAACAACAAGGAAUGUUCCUGUGACAAUGAAAUAGAACAAAACCAGGCCAACGAACGUCUUUUAAAAGCUUCACAGCAAAAACAUCAGCCAUAUGUUCUGGCCAUAGAGACUGCAGUUGGCUCAUUUUAUUGGGACUGGGAAUGUGGCAUGCAACGUGAUAGCUUUGCUGAUUUUAACUUCAAUACACAUUGAAUGAAGGCAUUAUUCUACCAAGUACAAAGUACUCUACUUGCCAACAAGACACAAGUGUAAGUGUGUAUUAAAGGUUCAUUGAAGAAAAAGUGUUUAAACAGAAACAAAAACAGUAAUCAAGAACAAAAACUCUAACCACAAGGACCCUUUUGCCGGUUUAAUGUUUGGAAAAAAACAACAACUUAAAACGUAAACAUUCAUCGAUUCAACGUUGUAAAUGAAUGAAAAUGUGUGAAUGAAAAUGACUUUUAGCGUAAAAGUAUGCAACAACAGGUUUUUUUUUAGCCAAAACAACCCAUUCACUAGGCUGUGCAACAAACAGGGUACGCUGUGGUCAUUCAUAAAUAUGCUGCAAUGAAGCCUGUAAUGUGCCCAAGACGACAUUUACGUGUAACGAGAAUGGAGAUAAAACUUAAAAUAAUAUUACUAAUGGAAAAUUCUACACAAAUUACAUGGGAAAACAUAAGGGAAAAAUUUUAAGAAUUUUAAAUAAAAUGUCUUUAAACAUAUUCAAGUGGAAAAUUGUAAGACAACUGGAGAGUUUAAUUUAACAUUAAAGCUGAUUAUAAACUGAUUAAAAUGGUUUAAUACGAAUAUCAUAUACACUUUGCGAAACUCGUUAGAACAAGAGAACAAUUUUGCCCUUUUGAAACUUAAUCUCUGUUUCUUAUAUUAUGAUCAAGUACCUGCCUAUUUCUACACCAAUUGCAGAUGAAUUGGAAAAUGUAACGCUUUCAAAGAUUAGAGUUAGCUGUAUCGGGAAAGAACUUAUCUUCAGAAGGAAUUCAUUUGACAACUGUAACUACAAACUAUUUAACUCAAGAUAUUUGCAAAUUUCCAACAAAAGGUUUUAUAUAGAAUUGAAUUUGCAUAUUUUAUAUCAUUUAAAUCAGUGAUUUUGAAACUUAAAUGGAAUGUUAGAUAAUAAGAAGACUUAAAUUUUAUAAAUUAAAAAAUUUACCUUAAAUGUUGUUAUAAUUUUGAACAAAAGUAAAGACACUAACCUGAAAAUAAUAAAAAAAUAAUAAUUAUUAUUAAAUUAAGGUUUAAAA